AUGGGGGAGGUGGAGAUGGUGGGCGGUAGGCAGCGGGCAGCGGGAGAACCUUCUGGCUGGUGGACGGCCUUCAGGCCUGAGGCUGUGCCUGAACACUACAGCUACGCACCCUCUGGUGCCAGUUCUGGCCUGCCGCUCAGCACAGCGCUCCCCACACUGCCCGCCCCGUGCCAUGACCUGCAGACGUCCAACCCUGUCAUCUCCAUCCUCCCAUCGACGGGCCACCCCUCGGGGUACGGUGGCACAGUGGACAGCGGGCCUGCCGGCUACUUCCUGCCUUCGGGCGGUGCCAGGCCCAAUGGCGGCCCAGCCCUGGAGAGCCCCCGCAUUGAAAUCACAUCCUACUUGGGCCUGCAUCCAGGCAGCAACCCGUUCUUCCACGAUGUGGAGGUGGAGGACACUGUCCCUGGUGCCAGGCGGGCACCCUCCACGGCCACACUGCCACUGCCUGGCCUCGAGGCCUACCGGGACCCCUCCUGCCUGAGCCCGGCCAGCAGCCUCUCCUCCCGCAGCUGCAACUCUGAGGCCUCCUCCUACGAGUCCAACUACUCGUACCCCUACGUGUCCCCGCAGACGUCUCCCUGGCAGUCCCCCUGUGUGUCCCCCAAGACCACCGACCCCGAGGAUGGCUUCCCCCGGGGCCUAGGGGCCUGCACUCUGCUGGCCUCCCCACGGCACUCACCAUCCACCUCGCCGAGGGCCAGCGUCACUGAGGAGAGCUGGCUGGGCCCUCGCGGCUCCCGGCCCUCCUCACCCUGCAACAAGCGCAAGUACGGCCUGAAUGGGCGGCGGCUGUCGUGCUCGUCGCACCCUUCGCCCACGCCGUCCCCGCAGGGCUCGCCUCGCGUCAGCGUGACUGAUGACACAUGGCUGGGUGACUCCACCCAGUUCACUAGCUCGGCCAUCGUGGCAGCCAUCAAUGCCCUGUCCACCGACAGCUCGCUGGACCUGGGUGACGGUGUGCCCGUCAAGGCCCGCAAGACCACGCUGGAGCACACGGCCGCCAUGGCACUCAAGGUGGAGCCGGCCAGUGAGGACCCCGGAGCCCCUGCGCCCGCCACCACCUUCUCCCCUGAGGAGUUCCCUGCCUUCCAGCACAUCCGAAAGGGCACCUUCUGUGACCAGUACCUGUCAGUGCCGCAGGCCCCUUGCCCCUGGGCGAAGCCCAAGCCCCUGUCUCCAUCUUCUUACAUGAGCCCGUCCCUGCCUGCCCUCGACUGGCAGCUGCCGCCUCACUCAGGACCGUAUGAGCUUCGGAUCGAAGUGCAGCCCAAGUCCCACCACCGGGCCCACUAUGAGACGGAAGGGAGCCGGGGGGCUGUGAAGGCGUCGGCCGGAGGACACCCUAUUGUGCAGCUCCAUGGCUACAUGGAAAACGAGCCACUCACGCUCCAGCUGUUCAUCGGGACAGCGGAUGACCGCCUGCUGAGGCCUCAUGCCUUCUACCAGGUCCACCGGAUCACGGGGAAGACCGUCUCUACCACCAGCCAUGAGACAAUCCUCUCCAACACCAAAGUCCUGGAGAUCCUGCUGCUGCCAGAGAACAACAUGCGCGCAACCAUCGACUGUGCCGGAAUUUUGAAGCUCAGGAACUCAGACAUUGAGCUUCGGAAAGGAGAGACUGACAUCGGGAGGAAGAACACACGUGUGAGGCUGGUCUUCCGUGUCCACAUCCCCCAGCCUGGCGGCCGGACCUUGUCCCUGCAGGUCGCAUCCAACCCCAUCGAGUGCUCCCAGAGGUCGGCCCAGGAGCUGCCGCUGGUAGAGAAGCAGAGCACGGACAGCUAUCUGGUGGUGGGCGGUAAGAAGAUGGUGCUGUCGGGACACAACUUCCUGCAGGACUCCAAAGUCAUCUUUGUGGAGAAAGCACCAGAUGGUCACCACGUCUGGGAAAUGGAAGCGAAAACUGACAGAGAAAUGUGCAAGCCAAACUCGCUGGUGGUUGAGAUCCCCCCGUUCCGUAACCAGAGGAUCACCAGCCCAGUGCAGGUCAGCUUCUAUGUCUGCAACGGGAAGCGGAAGAGGAGUCAGUACCAGCACUUCACCUACCUUCCUGCAAAUGUUCCAAUUAUAAAAACAGAACCCACCGAUGACUACGAGCCUGCACAGACCUGUGGACCAAUGACCCAAGGGCUCAGUCCUCUCUCAAAGCCCUACUACAGCCAGCAACUCCUGCUGCCUCCCGACCCUGGUGCGUGCCUUGUGGCUGGCUUCACAUCCUGCCAGCAGAGAAGCACGGUGAUGUCACCCCCACCCAGCACAAGCCCACAGCUCCACGACCUGUCUUCUGCCACUUACACCAAGUGCAGCCCCAGUGCAGGCCACGGCCACCUCGGACUCCAGCCACCCGCUGGAGGAGCCCCCACCACUCAGGAAGUGCCACGACCCAGAGCUGUCCCCCCAAGCACUCCCCACUCAUCAUCUCAUGCCACGCUGCAGCCGCAGGUGAGUCAGCAUCUGAGCAGUUCCCCUGGUUACCAGCAAACACUCUAUCCCAACAGUCCCUCUUCUCCAGUUCCGUCCGUUACCCAAGAGCCAACCUAUUUGCAGCCCUGCAGCCCAACAUGCCCAUCUGCAGUGGGCCACCAGCAGCACGGACCCCUGAAGGUUCACAGACAUGAGUCUCCAAACACCCAGCCUCUGUCACUGCCAGAGUUGCAUGAGGACAGUAGUGAUAAGUUGGCCCCUAUUCCUGUAACCAUCAAGCGAGAACCAGAAGACUUGGACCAGUUGUACCUGGAUGAUGGUGAGUGCUCAGAGUCGUACAGUCAGGGCCACAUUUCUUCCCGGGUGUACCGCCAUGUUCCCCAGGGCCCUUUCGCAGCAGCCUUUACUCCUGGAGCUGUAUCCCGGAAGCAGGGAGGGGUCACUCCCAUUGACUCACACCUCUGCUCCAAGCGUGGGCACAGAGCAGCUGCCAUGGGUCUGGAGCUGGCCCCUGGGCACCUGCUGACCACCACCUGGUUCCCUGGGCUGGGCCCAGGGCUUCUGGAUCCCUACUGCCCAGGUGUGAGUUCUCGCCGUUGUUCCUAA